AUGAUAGAAAUUGGACUGUUAAUAAGGGAAUUCAAUGUCUCCUCAUCGCUACAAACCCUCAUCUUUUUCCCGGGGGAAAUUUUUAUGCGGCUCUUGAAGCUAUUGGUGCUGCCAUUGCUGCAUCCGGACACCGCCAAGAAGCUCGGCUUGCGGACCGUUUUGUAUUAUUUGUUCACGGCGGCUAUGGCGACCUGCAUUGGCCUAACGCUGGUGCUGGUUAUCCACCCCGGAAAUCCAUCGAUCAAGGGUGGAAAAGUGAUACCUAAGCCUCACGAUCACAGUCAUGAAGCUCUGGACAACAUCUUAGACAUGAUACGGAAUCUGAUCCCAGAAAAUAUCAUUGGGGCUGCUAACAGCCGUGAUCAAACGAAGAUUUCGCGGAAUGGGAGUGGAUUCCCGGUUAAACACGUCGAGAAAGUGGAGGGGCUGAAUAUUCUUGGAAUCAUUACGUUUUGCGCGUUGAUUGGGAUUGGGACUUCAAAGCUGCGACACAUCGGUGAGCCUGUGCGUAACUUUUUUGUGUCCCUCGAGACGAUUGUGCUAUUCCUAAUCGAAGGCGCUAUGUGGACAGCCCCCUUCGGCAUUACCAGUCUGGUGGCGGCAAGUAUCGCGGAAGUUGAAGACAUCUUCACCACCUUCCAAGUUCUCCUUUACUUGAUUCAAAAUAUCUCUGAAUUAAGAUUCUCGCCACCUACGUUGCCACAGUACUCCUUGGAU